CUCAAAAGCCAAGGCUAACUGAUAAUAAUUGACAAGAUUGAAACAACUUACCAGCUCUUUUGGCUUAGGGGGAUAUUUAUCGCUAGAAGAAGUCAUUUAAAAUGUACUGGAGAAACACUAAGUGGAUCACGAAGAUUUAUGACUCGUGCAGGCCCAUGGAUUUGUCAGAGGGCCUUUUGGUAUCUCAUGAUCUAGAUACCCCAGUUGAAUAUAUUAAAGGAGCCAUAUAUCAGCAAAACUGCUACGAGGGAGCUGUUCCCAUGCUUAAUACGAACAUGGGGUUAGUGUUGAAAAAGUUCAGUCAGUCAUUACCGACAAUACGGCGAUCUUGGGAAGAGUAUACGAGAAAAGGUGAUCGUGGAUCAUUUGCUUAUAGCGUAGUUCCUAUAAUUUACUCAAUAUCCAUUCUGGCAGUGAUUACCUGGUUUUUAACGUUGUUCAUUCUCACAAACUAUACUAUAAAGUCAUCACUACUUUUGAAGUCGUCCACAAUUCUUUCAUCGGUGUUCUUGUUGAUAACCGUAGUUAAGUCGCUAACGAUUCUACAUAAUCAACAACGAGUGGGUUAUCUUCAUGGUGCUAGUUUAUUAGAAUCUAUCAAUGACAAUUUAGUAUUAAAUAUUUUUGAUUUGAUCGUGGUGAUAUUGUUGCAAAUUAAUCAAGUCCAAGUGAUUAUGAGAAUCUUUCUGAGACAAAAUGAUAAACGAUUAACCUUUUUCGUUGGGAUCAUUGCUUGUCUCACUUCCCAGGUCAUUUGGGCUGUCACUAAAUUUCAUAACUUUGACGAAGAAAAUGAAGCUGGAGAUAUCUUACCGGCUUUCAUUUAUUUAGUAAGAAUUGCAAUGGCUGUUUGUUAUGCUGCUUUAAUCUCGGUUUUCCAAUUAAGUAAAAUAAGCUAUAUAAUAGCCAAUAAAGAUAUUUGGCUAUUGUCUUUAUUAACAAUCAUCCUUAUUUAUAGUCCGGUGGCUUUUUUCAUCGCUGAUGUUGCAAAUGCUUGGGUGUACGAAUUAUCCGAAAUUUUUUCAGUAGUUACUUACGUGAUUUGUGUUGUCAUUCCUUGGGAAUGGUGCAAUAAAUUUAAUAUGAUCAUGAAAAUAAAAGAAAAGGAAGGGGUUUUGGGCAGAAAGUUUUACGAGGAUGAAAUGUACGAACUUGACCGUUUCGAGCUUUUCGUUGAACAAGAUACAGAUAACGAGAAUAGUGAUGGCGGUGAAGAUCUUGAAGUCAGAAAUAACCCUACACAUGAAUUCAACAAGGCCAAACGUCAAGAUUCUGAAAACUAUAGAACAUCACCACUAUAUCAACCAUCAAAGCCAACAAAAUUGGUAAGCUCUUUUAGAAAUGCCAAAUCCACAUUUUUGAACUUGACCGAUAAAAUUAUUGCUACCGGUUUAGCAAUUCCCAGGUCAGUCAGUAUUUCCACUCCUCCAAUUGGAAUACAAAAUGGGAAUCUUCAAAAUUCUCAAAGUCAGGGUCGCUAUCACCCAGUUUCUAGUAGUGAUAGGGACGCUGAUCCGCAUCUUACAACUAACACCUCCCCUAAUAAUCCAACAACAACUACAACUACAAACGAAACAACAAAUGGUGGUAGACGAAGAGACGUCUUUGUUUAUUCUAGAAGAGAAGUUAUCUUGAAUACUUCAGAUGAUGACUCAUAGUCUAGACCAUACGUACAUAUGUAAAAGACAACCUAAUUCUAUUUAAUGUAUGAAUAAUGACU